AUGGGAGUGAGGAAUCAGACGCGAGUGGUGGAAUUUGUCUUCCUGGGUUUCUCCAGCAUUCCGAACAGCCACAUCUACCUCUUCCUGCCAUUCCUAGUCAUUUACUUGGUCACCGUGCUGGGGAACCUCACGAUAUUUAUUCUAAUUCAACUGGAUUCCAGCCUCCAGAGCCCCAUGUAUUACUUCCUCAGCCACCUCUCCUGCUUAGAUAUUUGCCUCUCCUCCGUCACGGUCCCCAAGAUCUUGGUGAACUUCUUGUGCCAGCGACAGACCAUCACGUACAACCAGUGCAUGGCCCAGAUGUUCUUCUUGAUGUCUUUCACAGGGACAGAGGCUGCAUUGCUGGGUAUCAUGGCCUAUGACCGCUAUGUUGCCAUCUGCAAGCCUUUGCAUUACUCCCUGCUCAUGAGCACCAAGGUGUGUGCCAUUUUAGCCUUUUCCACCUGGGUCUGGGGCUUCUUAGACUCUGCUCUCCAUACAGCUCUCAGCUCCAAGUUGCUAUUUUGUGGAGUCAACCAGAUUCAUCACGUCUUCUGUGAUCUCCCCGCACUGAUGAAGAUUUCUUGCAGCGAUACACAGGCCAUAGAAAUGGUGUUAGGUAUUGCCAGCCUUUUUGUGGGCGUGGCCCCCUUCCUGUUCACGAUCCUCUCCUACGCCUUCAUCCUGUCCUCCAUCUUGAAGAUCCGUUCCACAACCGGCAAGCGCAAAGCUUUUUCCACUUGUGCUUCUCACCUAACUGUUGUCACCGUUUACUACGGAAAUGGGCUACUGAACUACAAUAGACCAAGCACCGGGUACUCCUUGGAGAUUGACACCCUGGUCUCCAUCAUGUUCUGCAUAAGCCCCCCGAUGUUGAACCCCCUCAUCUACAGCCUCCGCAACAAGGAGGUGAAUAGAACUUUUGCUCACAAGGUUCCACAGCUUAGCGGGAACAAUGGUCACCACACUAGAAAUUAG